GCCCAAGCUCAAACCACGCAGCUCGCACGUUGCGUUGAGCCUCGGUGCGACGGCGACCCGGCACUCUGCCAGCUCUACGGCCUGGGGCUCGACAAGCGCGCACCACAUCGGCGACACUCAAGGUGCGGCAUCGAUAAUGGCUUCACAAGGCACGGCCCGGGCGGCGUCUGGCCUGAGGACCGGCUUGCGUCGUCCUCUCGCUUCACGGCCGCUCGACAUUCUCUGGAUCGCCUUUUUCGCUCUGCAUCUCAGCGCCUCGCUGCUGAUCGACUCGCAGGCCUUUGUGCCUCGGCGUCUGGUGCCGGCGCCGCUCUCGAGACUGUUGCAGCAGUACCUUGCGGACAGCCGCGAUCCGCUCAUCACGGCUGCGCUGCGUCGCGACCCGUCGUACGCCUGGUUCAUCACUGCACUGGCGCUCGAGCUGUGCGUGCAGUGCCCGGCGUUUGCCGCGGGAAUCUGGGGUCUGUGGAAGGAUGACGCUCGCGUCUACCCUUGGCUCAUCGCAUACGCCGCGCUCGCGACGACGACGACGCUGCAGUGCCUGGUGUCCGUCACGCUGGGCGCAGAUCGGAGCGGCCUCUCUGCGGCGAACAUGAGGGCGCUGCUCUCGGGCUACGUGCCGUUUGUCAUUCUGCCUCUUGGCCUGGGGCUAGACAUGAUCCGACGGACCGCGAGGCUGCUCGAGCAGCCCAGUGUCCGCGAUAAGACGCUAUAGCCCGCUGCGGCAGGGGCAAGGAAGAAGAGCGUGCUGCUGUCAUCUCUGCGGAGCGACACUUCUGCAGCUGGCCCACAGGACCGCUGUCGUCAAGCGCGGCCGGUCUGACUCCAGCCCAGUCCCAUGGCCAACGUGAAGCGACGAUGGCAAUAUCAUAAGUUCGUGCGUUUCGUGACGUCUACCUCUCCUUCUCCACCUCAUCGCCGCUGCCGACAUGGAACACCUCAUCAUCGUCGCGCACCUGCUCCCGCCCCUUGCCCUUGCCCUCUGCGCCGGUACGCAACGUCUCGUCCGAGUAGCGGCCGCGAGGCGUGACAUCCUCCUCGGCAACGAGGUGCUCCAGCUCGUGAUCGCCCUCGACGUCCAGCGCGACAGAUCGGCCACCUGCGCCGCGGCCCAGCAUGUUCCCGGCACGUCGCGCAUUGCGCCGCAGCCGCAGCAGGAUGUAGGCGCCGGCACCCACGAGGAUCAGCAGGAUCACGAGCGCCGCGCUGC